AUGUCAUCACGGGACCAAAAUGUUUCGGUUCAAAGUUCCAGUGUACAACGUUUUUCGCGAAUCAAGGACCAAUUUAAAUCUAUUGGGUAUAUUCGUUAUCGUUACAUAAUAUCGGCUUUACUCGGAACUGGGGGUUUGAUUUUCUACCUCUCGGUUGCCUCUUUUCCCAGAGCCUUCAGACACCUUCACCCAAUAGGCGCAAACUAUAACCCCAAUUACAGCUCUGAAUGCAAAUUCCUAAAACGUGUGAGUAAAGUGGAGCACGUGAACGAAAAAUUCUACUCAUGGACACGCGAAACUCAUCAACGACUAGACCUGGCAUCCCCAUUUGGUAUGUUGGUCGCUUCCCUUCCCAGCGGAGUUUUAUCCGAUAUUUACGGCGGAAAGUAUUUCAUCUUGGUUUCCAUGAUAGUUUUGAGCUUGGUAGAUCUUGUAACACCGUUCAUGCUAAGCGGUGCUGAUGUAGAUUUCUACAUUGUGUAUUUCUGGCAGUUUCUCACCGGUAUUGGUCGUACGGCAAUUUUUAGCGGCACCAACUCGAUUCUGGCCAACUGGGCACCACCUCAAGAAAGAGGAAGACUGGGUUCUAUUACUUACUGUGGACUACAGUUCGCUGUUACGUUCCACCACGGAAUUAGCGAGAACGUCAUCCUAGCGACGAAAAUGUGGAACGCACCUUUUUUCAUAUACACGCCAUUGGUAUUAAUCUGGUCUGUCUUGUUUUCAUUCUUCGGGUUUUCGUACUACCGUAGCAAAAAUCGGUGGCUGCGACAAAAAGAGCGGCAGUUCCUGGAGGAACAUUUAGGGAAAGUAACAACUUUUAAACCAAAAAAAAAAGUACCCUGGUUGCAAUUAUUGAUGUCACUUCCUUUAUGGGCACUGGUUAUUGCUCACCUGGGGCACCGAUGGAUCUGGGACGUGAUGAUGAAGAACCUUCACUUCUAUUUAAGAUAUGUGCUUUACUUCGACUUCCACACUGGUGCCGCCUUAACUGCAAUCGCAUACAUGUCGAUGGGUUGUUUCACAUUGAUAAGUGGUUUUAUUGCAGACUAUUUGACGAAUGGAGAGUACGUCCAGCUGACGACUUUGCGCAAAGUCUACACGACUUUCGCUUCCAUGGGACCGGCAGUGUUCCUUCUGGCGGCUUCCUACACUGGCUGCGCUAGGAAUACGGCCGUCAGUUUCUUCAUUGCAGGGAUGUCAUUCAUGGGUUUCUACUUCAGUGGCGCCAGAAUCAACUCUCUGGAACUUGCACCCAAUUUCAGUGGAACCGUUAUGGGUGUUUUGAACACGUUUAACAUUGUUCUUGCUUUAGCUCUUCCAAAAAUUCAAGAUAUUGUAGCACCCAAUGAAUCGAUACUGGAGAAAAGAAGCAUGUAUUGGGUACACUUGGCUAUACUUGUUUUCACGAAUUUCAUGUAUAGUAUAUUUGGGUCUGGGGAACUUCAGUCGUGGAAUGAAGACGGGCGAGAGGAAGAAGAAGUGGAUGUGACAAGCAUUGAGCCCACUUCAUCAAUCCAGCGAAAUUUCAAUCCACCAGUCAUGAAAUAA